GCUGCCGACAGUCCGCGCGCUUCUCGAAACGAGACGAUGUAGUGCGUGAAAAGGUCUGAAAGAUAUCGAUUCGCGGCAAUCUAUCAGAAAAUCGAGAUUUCCUCGACGCCUUCUUCGCGUGAUCGUGUGAUCGAUCGAAAGAGAAAUAUUUAUAUACUUUGUUCGAGCGUUCCAAAUAUCUGUUUUCCGUUUUACUUCUUGUGACUUUAUAAAGUGGAUCUUUGUUUUGUGGAUUAUUAAUAAUUACCUUUGUGCGCGCCAUCGUGACUCUUUACCUUGUUCUCCACUUGAGAAGAAUCAAAAUAGAAAAUAUCACACGUCGCAGAAUUCACGGUUGAUAGAUCAUUCGAAACGGCACAAGUAUUGAUUCAGUGGACAAAAGCGGAUAGAAGGAAUAAUGGAAUUAAGCUGAAUUAACGAGAUAUCACGAUGACGGUCAUGGUCGAGUCCACGAAAGUCGAGGAAGGCAACGGUCCCGCGAAGAUCGAGACCUUCGACGAUAUUCUGCCGUACGUCGGCGAGGCGAGCAGAUACCAGUGGUUCCUGUUCAUCCUCCUCCUACCGUUCACCUUCGUUUACGCCUUUUUGUAUUUUACGCAAUUUUUCAUCACACUCGUGCCUGCUGAGCAUUGGUGCACCAUAUCGGAGUUGAAUCAUUACAAUCUCACGGAUUACGAGAAGAUCGCGGUAGGGAUACCCCCAGCUACUGACGAGGAAUUGAGGCUGGAGAGCGCCACGUCAUUCUCGAGAUGCUACAUGUACGACGUGAAUUAUACUGAACUCUUGGAGCAAGGUGUCAGGCAGGCCAAUUUGUCGUGGCCGAUUGUCCGAUGCAAGGAAGGAUGGACUUUCAAUUACACGAUGAUACCGUACGCCUCAAUCGCCGCCGAGCUCGAAUGGGUUUGCGAAAAGACCUUUCUCGGUUCCGCAGCCCAGUCGGCCUUCUUCGUCGGCAGCAUGAUCGGCGGCCUGAUAUUCGGCUACAUAGCCGAUCACUACGGCAGAAUCCCGGCAUUGGUGUCUUGCAAUGCCGUAGGAUUCUUUGCCUCCAUCGCAACCGCCUUCUGCAACAGCUUUUGGUCCUUUUGCGUUGCAAGGCUGAUCGUCGGUUCGUCGUUUGACAAUUGCUUCAACGUACUCUUCAUUAUAGUGAUCGAAUACGUUGGUCCGAAGUACCGAACUCUGGUGGCGAACAUGUCCUUCGGGAUUUACUUUGCCGCCGCCGCUAGUCUCCUACCGUGGAUCGCAUAUUGGAUCGCAGAUUGGAGAAUUUUAAGCGUCGUCACCGCAUUCCCGAUGAUCGUCGCUUUCCUCGGUCCAUGGCUUGUCCCAGAAAGUGCACGAUGGUACAUUAUGAGCGGCAAGGUUGACAAGGCGAUCGGCAUGCUGAAGAAAUUCGCAAAGGUCAACGGCAGGGAAGUGAAGCAGGAAGUGUUCGAGGAAUUCGAAAAGAGCUGCAAUAACAUGAUCGAAAAGGAUCAAUCGCACAAUCAGUACACGGUCCUGCAUCUUUUCAAGCUGCCCCGACUGGCUCGUAUCACCGUCAUGCUCGUUAUUUACUGGCUGUUGAUCAUUCUGGUGUUCGACGGACAUGUUUGGAACAUGAAGCUGUUGGAUCCGGACGUGUUUACAUCGUUCUCCUUAGCCGCGCUAACCGAGCUUCCGGCGGCGAUUCUGCUGGCACUUUUCCUCGAUAGAUGGGGCAGGCGGUGGAUGGGCUUUGCUUCGAUGUUCAUAUGUGGCGUUUUCUCUCUCAUCGCUAUUAGCACUCCUCCCGGUCCACUAACCGUCACCAUGGCGAUUUUGGCGCGUCUCGGUGUCAAUAUCGCCGCGAAUAUCGGUUUCCAAUACGCGGCCGAGAUGUUGCCGACCGUAGUGCGGGCGCAAGGUGUAUCUCUGAUUCACAUUAUUGGCUACAUUGCUCACAUCAUCGGACCCUACGUGAUCUACUUGGCCGACGUCAAUCAACAUUUACCGCUGAUAGUGCUCGGCUUUCUGUCGUUUAUCGAUGCGUUCUUAACGUUAGCGCUUCCGGAAACCUUGGAUCAAGAAUUGCCUGAAACUCUGCAGGAGGGUAACGACUUCGGCACGGAUCAGAGCUUUUGGUGGAUUCCUUGCAUAUCUUCAACCCCGAAAUUGAAGAAAUCGCUGAGGAAGAAGAAGAAGAAGGAGGGCAUGACGAACGCGGCCUUCCAUCACGGCAGUAUUCAAACUAUGGACUGUACAAGAUUAUAACGUAUUCGCGUGGUUACGUAUAAUUUGCCAAAUCGUUGUAAAUAUCGCGGUCAAUAUCGUCCGCGUGUGUGUGAUCUUAGGUGUUAAACUAUAACAAGUGACGCGAUAUGGACACGUCAAGUGCGGUGUUGCACCAACGCGCACGGUGGUGAAGAGGGACAUAAAUAGGAAAUAAGAAUGCAGGAUUCAAUUCCAUGCAUCCGGCAAGGUGCACGCUCAGAUAGACACGAAUGCAAACGUGAAUGCGCAACUUCGAAGUCGACGCGACUAUCUCGAGAGUGCCAGAUUAUUUUUCCGAAUCGUUUCUUCGCGAUGCGACUUCGACUUUCGCCGCUCUUUUUCAGGAUGCAGCUGUGUACAAAGUUAUUUGAUUAAUUGUAAGCGUAGUUUUAGCGAGACUAGAUUGACGAGCCAGCUGACUUUUUCAUACCGUUCGCGAGAUAUCACGAGGCUCGAGAUCGGUGUAAUAUCCGACGUAUUCGAUUUUUUUACAUUGCAUAGGGUGGCGAAACUUGGUGUGCCAAAUGUCGCAUUUUAUUUACUCACGAGUAAAAAUAUCGCGUAUAUACCUAUAUAGAUAUUCAUAUACGCGUUCGCUACAUUCAGCGGGAUUAAGAUGUCUAUUACAAAGGGAUGUCCACAUCCCAUCGCUCAUUGUUUUUUGCCUUGCCCAAACGAUAUUUCUGACCCACGGUAUAUAAAAAACUGCUCAUUUUCCGUAUCGAGAUACAGAUACAGAGAUCGCCUUGUUACACUUGAUACUCUCGAAAAGAUACAACGAACCUAGAUAAACUGUGCGAACGAAUAAAAGUUCUGUCAUCGCUUUCUUGAUGUAUCAUCAAGAAUUGUUGCGAAAUUGUUAGCAGCGAUGGCAAUCACGAAUUAAUUUUCAUUAUGUAAAUAGAAGACUUUAAGUAAUUUAAUUAAUGUAUAUAGGCUGGGGCACCGCGUUCACCGCAUAAAGACAUGUUUCUCAUCUUUCACUGCCAAAAACUUGGAAAUUUCUUCGAAAAUCGCGGAAGAUGUCAACAUACUUUUUCGCUCAUUGCCAUCUGAAAGUGGUUAAGUAACAGUGUAAAAUAAAAAAACAAAUUGUUUUAUCAUCGUGUAAA